AAAGGUUCAAUAAUCACUCAGCAACUCACUUCUUAAGAGGACUAAAUGUACACAGAAGUUCUUUUCAUCUCAGCUACUGAUUCUCUAAUCUGCUUUACCUAUUCAACCAUGAGGGUCUUGUUUUUGAUCUUUGGAGUCCUUUACUUGCUGUCCACAGUUCCUCCAGCCAGAAGCUUCAUUUAUAUUGAUGAAUGUCCUUCAGAAUAUUAUAAUUGCAGAAUGAAGUGCAAUGCUGAUGAACAUGCAAUUAGAUACUGUGAUGACUGGACCAUCUGCUGCAAACUGAAGAACAUUGAAAUUGAAAAACUAAGGAGGGAGCGAAAAGACUAACUUCAUCUUCUUCAGACUCCAGGAGAAAAAAAAAGUCUUGAACUGUCUUGUCUAUGAAUAAUUAGCAUGAUGGAUGAAAUUUAUAAUUGCAUGUUUAGAUGGUCAGGUGAAAAUAAAUACAAAUUUUAUAAAUGCU